UUGACAUUGACGAAAGAAUAUACAUUAGUAAACGACACAAACAGAAACAUUAAAUUUUAAUAUAAAACAAAACGUAAAAAUAUCAACUAAACAUAUCUUUCGAUUUAAAAAAAAAAUUGAAGGAAAAAUGCAAGAAGAUUUAGAGGUGACAGGGGUAUCUCGCAGUGGUAGAGUUAGAAAGAAAAGUUCGAAAUUGAUGGAUUUUGAAUCGCCUGACGACAUUGAGACCAGAUUUCGUCGUCAAACUCCACUGAAGACCUAUUCGAAUGUUAAACACGAAGAGCAAGUGGAAUACCAGGAACCAACACCACAGAGGCCGGUCGAGGAAGCUGGUACUGCUUCCGGAAGUGAAUCGGAUUACUAUGAGAACAAUGCAGACAAUGGUGAAAGCAUGGAAUCCGACAGCUCAGUCUCGGACGAAGGCUCUGCACGUACACCUGCAAAUUCCUUGUACAUGAUGGAGAAGAGUAAGAAAAAGGUCAUUGUUAAGGACGGUAGAGUCAUUGGACGGGCCAAGGCUCAAAGAAAGGAUAAAGGCAAGACACGCAUAACAGCGUACAUGAUGUGGGCUAAAGAGGCUCGCAAUGAUCUCCUUAGAAAACAUCCCGACUUGGACUUCUCAGCGAUAUCGAAACGGCUCGGAGAAAUGUGGGCUAAUGUAAAUUACAAUGAAAGAUACUUGUGGAAGAGAAAAGCAAAACGGUUUGCGAUGCAGAAGGAACAGAAUCAACCUGUCGUUAACAAGAUCAUAUCUAAUCCAAGUAUCCGGCCGGCCCUCGGCCAGGGCCCCGGCAGGCCCCCCGCGGGCCGCGCGCCUGCUCCCCGCCCCGCGCCCCCCACUCCGCCGCACCAGUCCCUCGUGGUAAGUACCGUAGCGGCGGGCGGCGGCGGCGGCGCGGGCGCGUUCCGCGUGUCGGGCUGCGGCGCCGCCGAGGUCGCCGCGCACCUGCGCCUGCUCGGGGAGAGCCUCGCCAUCAUCGGGGAGCGCCUCAAGGAGCACGAGGGUCAGAUCGCGGUGUCGGGUUCUGUGUCGGUGCUGCUGGACACGCUGCUGUGCUCGCUGGCGCCGCUGCUGGCGGUCGCGCGCGCCGUCCCCGCCAUCGCGCCCCCCCCGGCCCUCAUGCGGGACACCCUCCACAACAUCGCCUACAUCAUGCCCGGCCUGUAGGAGUCGUCCAGUACAUAACGGGUUUGUGUAUCUAAUAUAUGUUUUGAGUAAUCAA